ACGUACACAGACAGACACAAACAGACAGACACACACACGCAUCCCACAGAGAGGGAAGAGGCAGAGAGGGAGCGAGGGGAGGGAGAGAGAGAGAUAUCCCCAAAGCAGCGCUGCGCCUCCGAGCUGGAACCUGCCUGGGCGCAGGCAGCAUGUUGGUCCUCAGCCCGUGGGUCUGGGGAUCUUACCUGCAGCUCUUCUUCUGCUUUGCUUUCUCUCAGACUGCAAACGUUGGCAAUGUCUUCUCAGUUUCAGCAGAUCUCCCUUGUUUGGAACAGAAGAAACAGCUCAACCGCAGGGCGUGUUGCCUCCUUGGUCCUCCUCCACCACCCAUGUUUCCACCACCGUCCUUCAGGCACAGCUGGAGCACUAAGCUGCUUGCCCUUGAUACGGAAGAGUUGUGUCGGGAGCUCCAGAUAAUACAGCCUUCUUCUCUGCCUGAAUCAUUUUGCCCCAAAGGGCCUCCUGGCCCCCAGGGCCCACAAGGAAUUCCUGGUAUAAUGGGACCAAAAGGGGAGAAAGGGGAGAUUGGCAGGCCAGGAAGAAAGGGUAGACCAGGUCCCCCGGGUGUCCCUGGGAUGCCAGGACCAGUUGGAUGGCCUGGACCUGUGGGACCGAAGGGUGAAAAGGGAGAGUUGGGUGUGAUGGGAUUGCCAGGUACAAGAGGACCAAUGGGCUCCAAGGGUUUUCCUGGAACGAGAGGAGAAAAGGGAUCCAGAGGUGAGAGGGGUGACAAAGGAGUCAAAGGAGACCAGGGAGAAAUAGGCUUCCCUGGAAUGCUGGGACAAAAAGGAGAGAUGGGCCCGAAGGGACAAUCUGGAGUACCAGGACACAGAGGACCUAUAGGAAGACCUGGAAAACGAGGCAAACAAGGACUGAAGGGAGAUGUUGGACCUGCAGGUAUGAUGGGUCCACCUGGAAGGCCUGGUCCUUCUGGCCAGCCAGGCCCCCCUGGACCUUCAGGAUCAGGGCGAUUUGCAAUAGGACCAAAAGGGGAAAGAGGACUUCCAGGGCCUCCAGGAAGAUGUCUCUGCAGACCCCCACAACAUGUGAAUAACCCUUCAUAUGAGGAAUCUGUGUUUGGACACAGUUAUCCAAAAGUCCCCGCAAUUUUUGUGGUGAAUAAUCAAGAAGAACUGGACCGGUUAAACACAGAAAAUGCCUUAGCUUUUAGAAGAGAUCAGAGAUCUUUGUAUUUCAAGGAUACCUUUGGAUGGCUCCCAGUCCAGCUCAACCCUUUCUACCCCGUGGAUUAUCGCUUCGAGGACAGCGGUACCUGUGGAGAUGGGAUUGUGCAGGAUGGGGAAGAGUGCGACGAUGGCAAUGCCGUGGUGACUGACAGCUGUAUAAGAUGCCGCCGUGCUUACUGUGGGGAUGGCUACAGACAUGAGGGGGUUGAAGACUGCGAUGGGAAGGAUUUUGGAUAUUUGACAUGUAAAACAUAUCUCCCUGGGUCUUACGGAAAAUUGCGAUGCACUUCUUACUGCUACAUUGACUCUACACAGUGUCGAUACUUCACAUGAGGGGAGCAGAGGUGGGCAGCAUCCCACUCGUAGUGGGGUGCUAGGUGCUAUGCUAUCAUCUAUCCAAGAAGGACUGGGACAAAAAAUACCACCCACCUCUGUGUGAAAACAAAGAGACAUCAUGCUGCUGCUGGCCAUUUUGAGGUGUUUUUCUUUUUUUCUUUUUUUUUUUAAUUAAGUUGGAUUGGGAAAAUAAAGGACCACUGCAUCCUGUCUUAAUAGAGAAAUGUCAAACAGUAUUUGCCAGUAAGACUUUCAUACGGCUGUGGAUGGCGACUUGCUCUCCAGCACAAAUGCAAUGUAAAGCUGCUGGAAACUGAAUUUCACUAGCCAGGAGUAUCGUGUAACAAUUACCUCGACUUAGCACUGUUAAACCUACAUGUAAACUCUUCAGGGUUUUAGUCUUUAACCUUCUCAGCAUAAACAUGAAGCGUAUCUUCCAUGUGAAGUUUAUAGAGCCUUUUUCUUUUAUUACAUUGUGAACUUUACAAGUGUAUCCACAUGAGUGAUGACUUCAGUGACAUUAAGGUUAAUGGUACAUCUUCGUGGGUCGAAGGAGCAGAGGCCCUUCAGUAAGUGCUUUCAAGAUCAGCAAAUCAGCCAAAAAAGCUGGUUUACUUCACUUUCAGGCUGAGACGUUCGGCUGUUUGAGUCUGCGUGCAUGCACAGAACUGCAAGUGGUCACAGGAUGCCUGAAACUGCAGACCACAAAGGCCAAACUUGGUCAAAAAAACUGUGAAAUAGCCAAGGAGCUCUCUCCCAGGAGAAAAUCAGACAAGAAAGGAAGAUAGAGAAGGAACGUAUUUCUGUAUUUUUCACCUGUGUCAAGCUGGCUGUGCUCUGGAAGACCCUGAAGGGGCUGGGACAGCAUCGAUUACCCACCUGAAGCCGCAGUGAGACCAUGUACACGUUGCCUUCACUCUGUUUUCUUCACUGGAAGGUCUUUUUCAGCCGCUUGUCUACCUGACCAUUAUCAUUCAGUUACUGGUUACACCCUGUCCUCUCCCCCUUGCUGCUUCCACCGCUGUGUCUGGGGUACCUCCCAGUGUACAUUCUCACUUUUGUAUCGCUGUAAAUCAAAUCUUGGAGUAGAGUGUUUAUGGAUACUCAUUUAUGCUGUGUAAUGUACAUGUAUUUUUGUUUUUCAGAAAGUUUGUUCAACUAUAUUAACUCUGAUAGGAGUCAGAGUAAUUAUAAUAUUUAUUAGCAAGCAUUGAAGAGUAAACUUCACGUGAGAAGCAUAUUAAAUGUUAUGUGAAAAACAGUCUGUAACAGAAGAAAAGGAAACAAAGGAUGUGCAGAAUUCAGGGCUAAAAACCUCAAAUCAAGGUAUUAUUUUCACUCAAGCCACUCUUUUAUUCUUCAGGAUAAAUGCUGUACAAAACUGUGUGAAAUGCAUGAGCUACCUGUACCAGCAACAGCACUGGAACAGCUGCGCUUAUACUGGUGCUUUGGUAAAGGUUGAAGGUAGAUUUUGCAUUGUAAUGAUAAGGCAUUAAGCAAUCAAAAAAUGCAUAUGGUUUUUAUCACUUGUAUAAAAGUCUUUAACUCUGCAUGUCCAAAGUGAUCCUGGAAAUCACCAACUUAAAAAAAAAAAAAAAACAAAACUAAAAUUAGGUGUACUCUUUGUGGCUGUCACUUACCUGAGCUCCUUAUGCUGCUGUAAAGUCAAGCUACCAGCAUUUGUAGCCCAGUUCAAUAGUUCAAAAUUUUAAAUCUCAUUGCUUCUUUUCUUUUUUUUUUUUUCUCUUAAAAAAACCUGAAGUCUUAAUAAAAGGUCAAGGAACCACUGGGCCAAGGAUCUCGCCCAACAUAAGCUCUGAAAAUCUGGGCACUAGCACAGCUGCCUUUAAUUUCCUGUGCUUGUUCUAGCGGCAGAUUCCAGCAGUGUCACACAGUGAGGGAGCACAUAUCCCAGCGUAAGGCUCCCGAGGACAGCCACGUUCCCAGCACUGCGUCCUGCUGGCCAACCCUCUGGCUGAGCCUCUGGCAGCAUCUUCUGAGUGGCACAGUCCUGAGCUUGGAGAGACUUAUCUUAACUCCUCACCUUUCUCCAAGGAAUUCACCUCUACUCUAUCAAAAUGCUGGAGUCUUUGAGAAAUUUGGCAAUCCCAGUGGCCUUUCACCUUCAGUUUUAAGUCACAUCAUUUUUAAAAGAUCCUACCUCCGAAGGACAUUGAAGUUGCAAACCAAGUGAACGGAGGACAGGAAAUGUAAACAGGAGUUGUGAUUGUGUAGGUAAAAUUGUACUGUGCUGCACACGUUCAGGAAGGGGCGUAUCAGUCUGAUCAGAAAACAUUCACAAAGUAUGGAUUUUAAAUGGACUUUAUUAUUACAGCCCAAACAAUCCAGCAUCUUAACAGAAAGGAAUGUAAGAUAUAAGGAGAAAAAAUACAUGAAACAAGUUUCUUAUUACCAUUACUGUCUUGGUCCCCUCAGAUGAUAAAGCAAGAGAAAGACAUCUGGGAAGGUGUUAAGUAUAUAUGAUUUUUCAAAUGGCAAAAAAACCUCAACCCUUCCUCCUUAUUUCUUACAUACCUGCUUUGUUAUUAAUUGAGGAUCCUUCAGCUGGAUGGUGCCUGGUCUGCUGUGAAUUAUCUUCCCUCCUCUGAGUUUCUUAACACAUUUGUGCCAAGUCUGGUUCAAAAAGUUAAUUGAAGUAUUUCAGUUCCUUGACCUCUUGUAGCAGCAAAUGCUUGCGGGAAAGUUUUCUAAUGAUUAGUAUGCAACUCUAGAGGCAUACAAAAAUAAUAUGAGCUCACACCAUGCACUGUAUUAAAUGUGUAUUAAAAAUCCAGCUUGCACAUAAUAUAUGAUUAAAUAUAUCCAGUUACCUACAGCGUGUAUUAGCAGCUCAUGUCAAUAAAUCAUGCUACCUUA